GAGAAAACUGCGUAUCUGACAGGGGACGUGUAGAGCAACUCUCUCUGCGUUGCAUGCACGGUGUGGAUAUUUCCUGUACUUUCAUGUUAAAAGAAAACUAAAUUUUACGUUCGGACGAGGUUUGUGGCUUUCCUCUCCAGAAUAUCCUGCUUUUACAUGGUAACAGAGAGCUGAAGACAGAGGGUGCUGAAGAUGGCAGUUUGGAUCCAGGCCCAGCAACUCCAGGGGGAUGCGCUGCACCAGAUGCAGUCCCUCUACGGCCAGCACUUCCCCAUCGAGGUGCGCCAUUACCUGUCCCAGUGGAUCGAGGGCCAGCUGUGGGACUCGAUCGACUUGGAGAACCCGCAGGAGGAGUUCAAGGCCAAGCGGAUGCUGGACGGCCUGAUCCAGGAGCUGCAGAACAAGGCCGAGCACCAGAUGGGGGAGGACGGCUUCCUGCUGAGAAUCAAACUGGGCCACUAUGCCACUCAGCUGAAGAGCACGUAUGACCGGUGUCCGCUGGAGCUGGUGCGGUGUAUCAAACACAUCCUGUACACUGAGCAGAGGCUGGUGCGGGAAGCCACAAAUUCCAACUCCCCGGGGGGCGGGAUGCUGGACACCAUGUCUCAGAAGUACCAGCAGAUCAACCAGGCCUUCGAGGAGCUCCGCGUGAUGACGCAGGACACGGAGACCGACCUGCGCAAGCUGCAGCACAACCAGGAGUACUUCAUCAUCCAGUACCAGGAGAGCCUGCGAAUUCAGGCCCAGCUGAGCAGUCUGUCCACCCUGCCCCCGGCCGACCGGCUGCUGAGGGAGCCCACCCUGCAGAGCAAGAGGGCCACCGUGGAGGCCUGGCUCACCCGGGAGGCCAACACACUACAGAAAUACAGACUGGACCUGGCAGAGAAACACCAAAAGACCCUACAGCUGCUCCGGAAGCAGCAGACCAUCAUCCUGGAUGACGAGCUGAUUCAGUGGAAGAGGCGCCAACAGUUGGCAGGGAACGGGGGUCCGCCCGAGGGGGGGCUGGACGUCCUGCAGUCCUGGUGUGAAAAGCUGGCGGAGAUGAUCUGGCAGAACCGGCAGCAGAUCCGGAGAGCCGAGCAUCUGAGGCAGCAGCUGCCCAUCCCCGGCCCCAUCGAGGAGCUGCUGACCGAGCUGAACAGCACCAUCACAGACAUCAUCUCAGCACUGGUCACAAGCACCUUCAUCAUCGAAAAGCAGCCCCCGCAGGUCCUGAAGACGCAGACAAAGUUUGCCGCCACCGUGCGGCUCCUGGUAGGGGGGAAGCUGAACGUCCAUAUGAACCCCCCUCAGGUUAAAGCCACCAUCAUCAGCGAGCAGCAGGCCAAGGCGCUCUUAAAGAACGAGAACACCAGGAAUGACAGCAGUGGUGAGAUCCUCAACAACAACUGCGUAAUGGAGUACCACCAGACCACUGGGACACUCAGCGCCCAUUUCAGGAACAUGUCUUUGAAGCGGAUCAAGCGCUCAGACAGGCGUGGGGCGGAGUCGGUCACGGAGGAGAAAUUCACCAUUCUGUUCGAGUCGCAGUUCAGUGUGGGAGGCAACGAGCUAGUAUUUCAAGUCAAGACAUUAUCACUUCCCGUGGUUGUGAUUGUCCACGGUAGCCAAGACAACAAUGCCACAGCAACAGUACUAUGGGACAAUGCUUUUGCUGAGCCGGGUCGGGUUCCUUUCAUCGUUCCCGAUAAGGUGCUGUGGCCACAGCUGUGCGAGGCGCUCAACAUGAAGUACAAGGCCGAGGUGCAGAGUAACCGGGGGCUGUCGGAGGACAACCUGGUCUUCCUGGCUCAGAAGGCCUUCAGCAGCUCCAGCGUCAACUCCGAAGACUACCGCAACAUGACCAUGUCCUGGUCACAGUUCAACAGGGAAAGCUUACCCGGUCGGAACUUCACGUUUUGGCAAUGGUUUGACGGGGUGAUGGAGCUCAUGAAGAAGCAUCUGAAGCCACACUGGAACGACGGGGCCAUCUUGGGCUUUGUGAACAAGCAGCAGGCCCAGGACAUGCUCAUGUCCAAACCCAACGGGACCUUCCUGCUGCGCUUCAGCGACUCUGAGAUCGGGGGCAUCACCAUCGCCUGGGUGGCCGAGAACCCCAACAAACCAGGAGAGAGGAUGGUGUGGAACCUCAUGCCCUACACAACCAAAGACUUCUCCAUCCGCUCCCUGGCCGACCGCAUCAGCGACCUCAACCACCUGCUGUUCCUCUACCCCGACCGGCCCAAGGAUGAGGUCUUCUCCAAAUAUUACACCCCUCCUCACUCGAAAGCAGUGGACGGCUACGUCAAACCGCAGAUCAAACAAGUUGUGCCAGAGUUCACCACAGCCAGUCCGGACCCAUCUGGAGCCAACCCCACCUACAUGGAUCAUGCAGCCUCCCCAUCUGUCAGUCACCCUCACAACUAUGGCAUUUACCCUCCCAUGGGUGAUUCGAUGCUGGAUGGAGAUGGGGAGUUUGACCUGGAAGACACCAUGGAUGUUGCCAGGCACGUGGAGGAACUGCUACGUCGGCCAAUGGAAAACCAGUGGAGCGGUCAACAGUCAUGACCCUUGACCUCUGACCCCUGACCCUAUACCGCACCAAAAGAAAGCACCCUUUAAUUUUCUGAUGUUUUGAUUCCAUUGUUGUUUUUAUUUCUGUUUAUUUCAAAUAACCACAAUGUGAAAUGUUAAUAAUGGUUGAUAAUCAGAGUAUUUUUGUUGUUGUUGGUUUCUCUUAUAAUCAUGCUCAUCAAGUGGCGAUAGGACUUUGUCUUAGAUUCUAUCCCCUAUGUGCCUGUUAAAGAGAUAAACAGAAAAAAAUUAAUUGAACAAUACUGCUAAAACAUUAAAUAUAUUUCCCCAGUCAAAUUUGAAACUAAUAAUAAAACAAUAAUAAUAUUAUUAUUAUUAUACUGAAAAGCACACGUUGGGAUGGGAAAACAACAACAAAGAAAAUGCUAUCUAAAAAGGAAAAAAAUGUGGGUCGAUGUUUUUAAUUUAAUGGUUCGGAAGCUGUAUCAAAAUUUCGAAAAACUGCCUUAUAGAUGACAUCAUUAUUAUUGUGUCAUGAUGACGUGAUGUAAUUGAGGCUGUUGGUUUUUUUUUUUUGGUUUUUUUUUUUUAAACAAUUAUUUCCAAGUGCUCAGUACUUGGUGGUGAAUUUUGUGUUCAAAUCCUGUAUUUGUUCCAGGGUGCCCAUGCCUGUGUGGAGACAGACUCAUGCGACUCUCACGCGACUGGAGGCCUCAGGCCAACCUGAGCUCUGGCACCAGACCCCUCCAGUGUUUCCCAUCUCAUCCCUGUAGUACACUAACACUUGACCGCGUCUAGGUUAAGUGUUCCUCUGUAUCCUCGGCCCCUUGCCGCGUUGCACCUCACGGCAAUGUCCUUCGCCGUCUGCUCUGUUCGUGUUUGUGCCACCGUCAGUGUUAACAGAGGUGUGUUGUGUUUGUAUGGUUGUUAAAUGUGCACAUGAAGGCCUGUGAUGCACCCGGAAUUACGCAGUGGCCCCAUUGCUCUGUGCACCCCCCCCCCCCCCCCCCUUCCGUACCAACACACGUCCAGUUCCAGCGAUUACCUUACGCAGCUGCGAGAGCAGAAAGUAGACACAAGUGAAGUAAACAAAGGAGUAUGACACGUGAAGGCAGCGCUGUUAACGCCUCUCGUCUCGCAUUCUGUACAAUAUCUUCAUGUGACUGCCUGAAUUUUCAAAAACGCAAAGAUGUCCUUUUGACUAUAUUAGCCAAACGUUUUACCAUCCAUCAGUGUUUACAAUGUCUAAAGCAGUGACUACAUUUACAAACAUUGCUUCUCUUGCUGACCUGUAAGGUUUGUUUUUGUUUGUUUGUUUUUUUUUUUUUUUUUCUUUGUCUUUGAAGUGAUGGUGAUAUCAUUGUUUUGCAAUCAUGGUCUGUGUUUGGACUUGGACUUAUCUCUGUGUCAGUUCAUACUGAGCAUGUGUAGCUGGAACCCUUUGUUGGCCUGAGUCUGAAGUGUAAAACACCUGCAUCUUAUCGUCAAAGACAAUUGCACAUUUCAGUGAGUCCAAAUCGUCCCAAAGUUCCCUCCCACCGCUUGCUGCGGAUCACAAUCAUAUAAAAGCCAUAAGGGCUCUGGACAGAACUGUGACAGGUGGAUGUAUCAAAAAAAAGGAGACGGAGAAAAUGUGUAUAUGAAGUUUUCUUUAAGAUAAUGCUAUUUUAAUAACAUGUAAAUCUAUUGCAAGAUUACAAAUAUGAGGGGGGAAUGGCCAACAAUGCAACCUUGGAUUUUCAUCAAAAGAAAUAAAAACAGCGGGAUAGUCAAUGUGGAAUCAGUAGCAGAAUAAAGAUUUGGUGCUUUUGUUUGUUUGACAGACAUCGUUGAAACUUUUUUUUUCUUUCAUGUAAAGGAUUUUUUUUUUUUUGUUUGCUGAUUGAAAGAGGGUCAAGUGACACGAGAAGUUAGAAUAUGCCUUUUAUUUUAAUUUUUACUUUUAUUGUUAUUUUAAAUUCUGAUCGUUCUCUUGUCUCACCUAGCCUAUGUGUAAUCUCAAAUAUCUUGUCGAUGGAGUGUAGUCUGUCUCAUGUUUGUUCUUCAUUUGUGUUUGGUUUUAGUACCUGGAUGUAAGUUGAGAGGAAACAAUUGGAAAUAAAGUUUUAUAAAUAAUUUUAACAUUAAAAA